UUGAUGCCAUCGGACGUGACCCGUGUUUAUUUAGUGUUUUUCGUGAACGGGGCAGCGAAAACGAAAGCACUCGCUAUAAAAUAAACAAAAAACUAUUUUUAGGCUGCAAAUCUUAAAUAUACCUUCUCGAUCGGAUCGACUGCAGCAGGAGCACAGAAGUUGUCACAAUGGACUGCAAAUCGCGACGCGGCACCAAAAUAUCGGUGAUCGCCCUGGGCAGUGCCCUCUGUUUCGUCAUGAUGGCAUACUUCGUGUUCGGGGACAGCAACGACGAGCAGGGGCUGCGGAAUCUGCGCAUGAUAUCCAUACUGUUCCGACACGGCGCCAAGAAUCCGAGUGGCUUCUACCCGCUGGAUCCGCAUGCCGCUCACGAUUGGCAGGGCGGCAUGGGAGCCCUCACACCGAAGGGCAGCCUGCAGGCGUACAACCUGGGGAAGAAUCUGCGCAUGCGCUACUACCGCCUGCUGCCCUCGAACAGCCUCUACACGCAGCAGCAGGUGCAUGUCCUCAGCUCGGCGGCGGAGCGGUGUGUGAUGAGCGCCCAGAGCGUCUUGGCCGGCAUGAUGCCACCGCUGGAGAACAACAACGUGUUGCCCAUUCCCUGGCAGCCGGUGGCCGUAAAUACGCUAUCGCGAAAUGAUGAUAUACUUUUGGCCCAGAAGAAACCCUGUCUGAAGUACGACAACAUCCUGCAGAAGCUCUACAAGUCGCCCCCUGCUGAACUCCAGAAACUGAACGAGGACAACCUGGAACUGUUUAAGCUGCUUACAAAGAACACAGGCAAGAACAUUUCAAAUGUGCUGGAUGUGGAGCUUCUAUAUGGCACCCUCAAAACCGAAGAGGAGGCUGGUCUGGUGCUGCCCGAUUGGACUGAGAACAUAUAUCCCGAGGAGAUAAGACCACUGGCCGAGCGUAGCUAUAUGCUUUUUACGGAAAGCCAUCUGAUGAAGCGAAUCAAAGGUGGCGCCUUCCUCACGGAAAUACUCAUGAAAAUGCAGAACAAGCGAAAGAGGAACCUCAAUCCCGAUCGCAAAAUAUUUCUGUACUCGGGACAUGAUGUUACUUUGGUGAACGUCAUGAAUUCCCUGGGGAUUCUGGAUCAGACCACCAAGCUUCCUGAAUAUGCCUCUGCCUUAGCGUUUGAGCUUCAUCACAGCAAGUCCUUCAGCGACGCUGACUUUGAAGUGAAGUUGGUCUACUAUUACAACAGCGAAGACAAGUUCCCCAAGGAACUGACCAUUCCCAACUGCGACGCUCCCUGCUCGUUAACCCAAUUCGAGGCCACCUUGAAGUCCCUGCUUUUGGACAACUACGAUGAGACCUGCGAGAAUCAUCCAACUGACUGCAAAACCUAAUAUUUCUUCCAUUGUUAACUGUUUCUGUUUGUUGAAAGUGUUUUAGUCUGGGGUGCUGCUUAAGUUCAUUGCCUGGUUUUGUUUUGGUUAGCUCAUAUAUAAUAAAAAUGGGUUAGAUAUAUAGCUUUAACUGGAACAUAACUCAAGAUAUACAUAUGUUCUAUAACCACGAAGUAGUGUAAAAUAGAAAAGGGGUCAGUAUAUUUAUGUCAAAAAGACAAAUAAAUUGGUUAAACUGUUA